CGAAGGAACCGGGGGCGCAACCGCAGCCUCUCCGACGUCGCUUUGCCCUCCUCUGUCCCCAGACAUCGUUCUGGGACGUGCGGCAAGCCCCGCCGACACCGGGUACCACGUGCCACCCCGUGGCCAUGGCAGCCCAAUGCGGGGGGGGUGAGAAGCCCUUCCACAUCGUGUCGCCGCUUCUGGAGAGCCUGCCCCUGUCCCGGGCAGCAGGGACCCAGGUCUACAUGAAGCUGGAGAACGUGCAGCCCACCGGCUCCUUCAAGAUCCGGGGCGUUGGGCACCUCUGCCAGGAGGCUGCCAGGAAGGGCUGCCAGCGCUUUGUUUGCUCCUCAGGCGGGAAUGCAGGCAUGGCUGCAGCGUAUGCAGCCAGAAAGCUGGGGCUGCCGGCCACUGUGGUGGUACCCAGCAGCACCAGCCCCAGCACUGUGCACAGGCUGGAGGAGCUGGGGGCAACGGUGGAGAUCUACGGGAAGGUGUGGGAUGAAGCCAACCAGAGGGCCUUAGUGCUGGCGCAGAAUAAGGGCUGGGCCAGCAUCCACCCCUUCGACCACCCCUUGCUGUGGCAGGGCCAUGCUAGCCUGGUCCUGGAGCUGAAGGAUGCGCUGGAUACAAAGCCUGACGCCAUCGUGCUGGCGGUGGGAGGUGGGGGGCUGCUGGCUGGAGUGGUGGCUGGGCUGCAGCAGGUGGGAUGGCUUGAUGUCCCCAUCAUCGCCGCUGAGACCUGGGGGGCCCACAGCUUCCACGCGGCGCUGAAGGCUGGGCACCUCAUCACCCUACCCGACAUCACCAGUGUCGCCAAGUGCCUGGGGGCCAAGACGGUGUCAGCGCGGGCGCUGCAGUGUGCCCAGGAGAUCCAGGUCAUUUCAGAGGUGGUGGAGGAUGCCGAGGCCGUGCGCGCUGUGGAAAGUUUCCUGGAUGAUGAGCGGAUGCUGGUGCAGCCAGCGUGUGGCGCAGCACUGGCCCUGCUCUACUCGGGGCGAUUGCAGCAGCUGCAGCGUGACGGACACCUGAGGACCCCGCUGGGCCGCGUGGUGGUGGUGGUCUGCGGUGGCAGCAGCAUGACGGCCGCACUGCUACGGGACCUGAAGAACCAGCUGGGCCUGGAGUGACCCUCAUGCCACCCCGUGGCCUCCUGUGCUGCAGUGAUGGCUGCUGGACGUGCCCCACACCUAUUGCUGUGCAGGGUGGGGAAACUGAGGCAUGGCAGCGUUCCUCCCUCUGACCCCAAAAAAUGGCCCUGGGGAUAGCUGUGUCCCUUGAGCCGCUGUGGCUGACACUGACCACGACUUCCCACUCCAAUUAACAAAUGCUUCUUCUCUGACUGAUU